AUGAAAUCAGUGGCGUAUGUUACUGAAAAAAUAAAUUCAACACUCAUGGCGAAAGGAAAAUUUCGAGGUUCCAAUGGAAAUAAAGCUCUGUCAUACUCAAAUGGAACAUACAAAGGAGCUGAAGUUUUUACAACAGAAUUCGAUAUUAAUGAAACACCUCCUAGUGCGAGAACUUUACUUACUAAAGGAUAUAUUCAGGAUGAAAUUAAUUCUUUUUCAGGAACUACUGUUUCUACCCGGGGAAGAUAUAUGACUGAACAAGAGAAGACAAGAUGUCCUAAUGAACGUCCACUUUAUCUUUAUAUUCAAGGCCACUCGAAAAAUAAUAUUGAUCUGGCAAUUCAAAAAAUUAAUGAAAUUAUUAAAACGGAGUAUCAAAGUUCGUUGAAUAGGCCAAGUAGAUUUACAAAUGCUCCACCGCCUCUUAUGAGCUUACAUACGGGAGUACCUUCAGUAGAAAAAAUUUGUAUCGGCAUCGAAAAUGCCCCACAAAGUUUUGACUUACGUGGUCGUAUUAUUGGCACCGGAGGAGCCAAUUUAUUGUACAUUAGAGGAGAAACUGGAGCAAAUGUUACGUUACGAGGUCGAGGAUCUCAAUUUGUUGAUCCUUCUCUGGGAACAGAAUCACCUGAACCACUGCAUUUGUACAUAGAGCAUCCAAAAUCUGAAGCGCUACAAAAUGCAAAACAGUUAGCAAUUAAUUUGAUACAAACAAUGCAAUCAGAGUUUCAGUCGUUCAUACAGCAGCAACUACCGCCAAUCCAACCGCAACAAGUUUUAGAAAAUCGACCAAUCCAACAAAUUCAACAAACUCACUUUCAAACCAUGAAUAUUGGUGCAUUAACUCAAUCAAACGUUGUUACAAUUCAACACCAAGAUAUUAUACAACAUGCUCAAAGUAGUGUAGUUACAUUACCUGCUACUAUAUUAACAGCAACAAUGACAGGUGGACCAGCUCCAGGAGCUAAUGUUCCUCCACCACCAGGAGUUCAUAUUCCAGCACAUUCUGGACCUCUAGUACCUUCUUCGCAAUCUCAAGAAAUGCAAGCACUAAUAUCUUCUGCGCCGUCUGUUGGUCAAGUACAAUUGAUUGGACCUCCGCCGACAGUAAGUGAAGUUCAAUAUCAAAUACAUCCCAGUCAGCCAGUCCAUAUUCAGGGGAUACAGAUGCCAUCGGUAUCACAUUCUUCCACGCCAUCAAUCGCACAAAUGUACGUUAUGAGUCAUCCACCACCGCAGAGUCCAAGUCAACACGGAUUCAUAGCCAGUAAUAGUGGACCAGUCAGUGGAGCAGUUUCUUAUGUUUAUACGCAACCAAAUAUCCAACGAUCUGUGACACCUAUCGAAACUGUUAACUUACAACAACCACCACCAACUCAUCAACCUCCACCACCGUUAUUACAUCUUCAUUUUCCGCCGCCGAAUUUUUCAGCAAAUCAGCCACCUCCACCAAUACCUCAGACAUAUCAAAUACAAUACCAACAAGCAGGACCUCAGUCGCAAACGCAGUUUAUUCUACAGUCUGAGGAGUCCAAUCAGUUACAACAAAAUUCUGAACAUGCUCAACAUAUUUUACCACCUCAAUUCGAGGGUCAACCACCUCCUCAUCACCAGUAUCCGCUCCACAUACCUCCACCAUCAACACAAACUUUUAUCGUGCCAAAUUCUCAUUCGCCGAGUCAUCAACCUCAUCCUUCUCAUCAUCAUCAUCAUCAUCAUCAUCCCCAUUCCCAUCCUCAUCCUCAUCCUCAUCCUCAUGCUCAUCAUCAUCAUCAUCAUCAUCAUCAUCGUCAACAAGGCUCUUUUAUAAUGGGAGUCGAGGGACAACACGAGGGAGCAAUUGAUCAAGGACCCCCUCAACCAGUACCCCCACCACCUCAGAUGGUACCACCACCGACAGUAAAUCAAUUACCAAACCCAAUAAAUAUUUUAACGACUAUGCCGCCACCGAAUCAACAACCGCCACAGCAAAACGCUCCAUGGCUCUAUCAAGCACAACAACCGCCACCUCAUCAAGGGCAAAUACAAGUUCAAGCACCGCCGCCUCAAGGGUUUCAUCAUGCACCACCUUCACAAGUUCAAUCGCACAUUCAGUAUCAUACUCACCAAUUGCAAUGUCAAAAUGGACAUAUACCCACGCAAGUGCACUAUACUAUUCAACCACCUCCGCAACCCUUUGAAAUGCAUAAACCGGACUCACCAGAGCAUCAUAAAGGUCAUGGGGUGAAGAGGAGAUUUACCGACGUUGAGGGACUUCAGGAAGCAGUUCCUUACCAAUGUGGUCCACCACCGGUUCAACGUCACGGAAAUGGGAAAAGUUACGAUGAUAAACAGCAUUUGGAUCAACCAGGAUCAAAUUUAGAGAAUGAUCAAACUUAUGCUGGUGAUUGUGGCUCAGGACAGCCAAUUCCACCGCCCGCAGCGCCGUGGCAGUCUCACCAUGUUCGUGUUCCUUGGUCUAGACCUCCACCGCCACCGCCACCACCACCAUCGGCUCCUCGUGAGGGAGAACAGCAUAUGUUGUAUCCUGUACCACCAUUGCCAACAAAUAUGCCACCACCUCAAAUUAGGCCGAGAGGCCAAAAUCAACAACAGCAACAACAAGAUGCCGAUCGAACUAGAUCUCCCGUCCAAGGAGUAACUCUGGAGCAUCACAUGAAUGUCGAGCAUAAUCAGUUGCCUCCUUACUCGACUAAGUCACCAUACAAUUCAUUACUAUUAACGCAGUCUGUCUGCAAUGCACCACCACCACCACCUCCAUUACCGCCACCACCACCACCCUCAUCUCAUCAUCAUCAGCGACCUCAAUACCAACUAGCCUCACAAGGGCAUCAACCCCCGGCGGCUUGUCCUCCAUGGAUGAAUUAG